CUUGUGACAGGAUCCAAGACAUGAUUGGUAAGAUAUGAGACAUCCGGAUGGUUCUGAACGUAGUAAUAUAAUGCGGUUGUCUGUUAUCCGAUAGCGGAUCAUGUUUAUAUCUUGUCGGAUAGGGACUCGGAUGAGUCGGUUUUUUUUUUUUUUCACUCACUGCAAACGCUCAGAUCACGACCGUGUUAAGGAUACAUAUAUUACGGCUGGGUUUGAACUAGGUUGAGUCUGCAGGAAGGAUUUGACAAUUUGAACAAUCGGCUUGCUGCAUCUAUCCACGCGUGGAGCAGACGUUAUGACGGACCAAUUUGCAUUUGAGUACCCCUCACCACUGGAGGGGUAUGAGGGUUUGGAUCCGCUUCCGGUAUGUGUGCAGAGAGAAAACCGAAGAUGGAAAGUCCUUGAGAAACCCCCAACAUGGAAUUCGAAGCAAAGCAUACGAUGAAUUCCCGAAUCCCCUUGCUAAGGACCGCCGCGGGGGCUUCGAUAUCCAUAUCUAUCACUUCCAGAGCAAUCCGGAUCAGGUUUUCUUUGCGAGAGCUUUGUGGGAGAGAAUCAGGCGCGAAUUUCCUGAGUUACGAAUCUAUAAUUUCUUUGACCGACCAGUAGGGCCUCAUCCAGUGGCCAUGUUUGAGGUCAAUAUCUUCACACCCGAACAGUUUGGCGCUUUUGUGCCUUGGCUUGUGAUCAACCGGGGACCCUUGAGUGCGUUAAUCCAUCCGAAUACGGUGGAAACCGAGGAAGAGCGAAACCACACACAACGUGCUGUCUGGUUGGGCGACAGGAUACCUCUAGACCUAAGGGUGUUUAAACUCAUGAAAGAAAGACAAAAGCAGAGGGAGCUUGAAGCCGAGAAAGCGGCGGCGGCGGCAGCGGAGAAGUUGUAGUUGAGCCGCUCUAUUGAUUUGUACUCCAACUUCAUGAUGAUGAGUUUGCACGUGGGUAGUAUGGCUUUGAAAUAGCUUCGACGGCUCGGAGGAAAUGCCGGAAAGGCUCGACUGUUUAUGAUAUCCAAUGACACAUUAGCAU